AUGGCAGGUAUUGACACCUCCGUUAUCCCUGGCACCGUCACUCUGGUGGACGUAAAUCAUGACUUGGAAGCCCGACAUGCGGACCAAGGAGAUCGCGAUAUUGUGCUGAUCCCUACACCCUCAAAUGACCCGGAUGACCCUCUCAAUUGGAGUCCGAAACGGAAGCUCCUGUCAACAAUCUGUGUGAGCAUCUACACGGGGUUCGGAGGAAUUGCCUGCUCGGUUGUGUACUCAGUCCUAAAGCCACUCUCUGAACAAACGGGAUUGCCUAUCAGUACUCUGAACCAGGGAACCGGGUUUAUGUUCUUGUUGGCUGGUUGGGGUUUGCUAUUCUGGCAGCCCUUUGCGAUGCAGUAUGGCAAGCGGCCAACUUACUUGUUGUCCAUGAUGGGCAUUUUGGCUAUGACUAUGUGGGGGCCGUACGCAAAAACCACCGGUCAGUGGCUCGCACGAUGCAUUCUAUUAGGUUUCUUUACAGCGCCCGUGGAGGCACUUCCGCAAAUCUCCGUCACGGAUGUGUACUUUACCCACCAGCGAGGAACAUACAUGGCGCUUUACACAUGUUGCUUAGCAGGAAGCAAUUACAUCGCACCCGUCAUCUGUGGCUUCAUCGCCCAGUACCACGGCUGGCGGUGGGUAUUCUACUACCCGAGUAUCUUUGUCGGCUGUGCAACCGUCUUCCUCUUCUUUUUCUGCGAGGAAACCACCUAUGAACGAGCGAGCGUCGAGCCAAGCAAUUUCGCAUGCACAGAGUCGCCGAAACUUAGCUCGGACGGCGAGAAGGAACCGGCGGCUGUUGACACCGCCACCGAGACCGGUACAGUCUACACGAAGAAAACAUACAUGGAGAAAUUGGCACUUUGGAGUCCGAAAAAGAAGACCAAUACGAUGUUCCGGAGAUUUUGGCAGUCUCUUUACUUCCUCUCGUGGCCGGUUAUCUUCUACGCUGGCUUCUCUUAUGGAUCCUACCUGGUUUACUUUAACAUUAUGAAUGGAACGACUUCUAUCAUUCUUGGUGGAGAGCCAUACAACUUCAGAUCCUCGAUGGUCGGUCUGUGUUAUCUAGCCCCCAUCACUGGUGUGGUGAUAGGAUCCCUCUUCACCGGCCGAUUCAGUGAUUGGCUCACUGUCAAACUGGCCCGCCGCAACGGGGGUGUCAUGGAAGCCGAGCACCGUCUGUGGCCUUUCAUCGUUUGUUUCAUAGUUGUGCCUUGUUCUCUCAUUCUAUGGGGUGUCGGUGCAGCUCACGAGAUCCACUGGUUUGGACUUCUGGUGGCCAUAUCCAUGCUUGGUUUCAGUAAUGCCUGUGGCAUCACACUGAGCGUCAAUUACUUUAUUGACAGCUACCGAGAACUGAGCAGUGUUGCUCUGGUUAGUGUGAUGCUGAUUCGGAAUACCAUGUCCUUCGCCAUUAGCUUUGGUAUCACGCCUUGGAUCAAAGACUUGGGGUACCAGAAGUGCUUUAUUUCCGCUGCCUUUGUUGGUAUGGCAUGCGCUUCGGUCUUCUUCUUCAUGAUCAAAUUUGGAAAGACAUUCCGCGAACGAUCUCGCGAGAAGUACUGGAAGUUGGUCCAGGAGAACCGGGAGAAGGGUAUGCUCAACUAG